UGUUCAUAAAUAUUGCCGUGUACUGCUUUGGUUAUUUUGUUGAAUGUCAUUUUCGUCAGACCAUCCCGACAAAUUAUCGCGGUGGAGCCCCACACUGGAAAGACUCGCUACAAAAUAACUCAUUGCGUUCCUUGAUGCUUUUUCGCAGUGGGGCGAACUAUUUGCUGGCUGACGCUCAGUUGAAAUGCUCCACCAUCCGUGUAGUCCCGAUGAAUGAAUUUGGCUGACACUUGUUGGUUAUUGCAAUUCUCGGUCAAUUUUAUCGUAGUGUCACAAAUAUGUUCGGAAACUUGAUUUGAUGAUGAUUUUAUUCGUCCAAAGAACAAAUUGUUAUUGUUUCUAUGGCGUUUGUGAUAGAGGAGACCUUCUUAAUCCAAGUGUGUAUAUGAAAGGAGAAGAUUCAUAAGCCUAAAAGUUCAAGACGACUGAACAAAUUCGUACAGUUUUCUCUUUACAUGAAUGUUUUUGAGUUGUAAAAUGGUUGAUGCCGUUCUGAGUGCCUUAUCUCCUUGGUAACACAAUGGAAAAUAACUCCUCUGGAAGUACAGACAGGGCUAUGGAAGUGGGCUUCAACAAUGGCCCUUCCUUCCGUGGUCACACUGGGCGACCAGUCUCGGCAGUUUCUGAAAUGGAGGCUUCGACUAUGUCUCCAAUGGGAAGUACAUCCCCAGUGUCGUCUCCUUCAUCCAUGUCAUUACACCAUUCCCCUCACCAUCAUCACUACCAACAAAUUACCACAAUCACUGUUAAAAUGGAUGAUAAGGGCUAUGGCAUGAAGGUGUCGGGGGAUAACCCAGUGUACGUUCAGUCAGUAAAAGAAGGCGGUGCAGCGGAAAGAGCUGGCCUUCAUAGUGGAGACAAAAUAAUGAAGGUGAAUGGAGUCAAUGUAGCACACUCUACUCACACUGAAGUUGUGGAACUGAUCAAAUCUGCAAAUCAAGUAACCCUAACUGUGCAACAGAGGCCUCACCUUACAAAUCCAUUAUCAUCUCCAACCAUGAGCAGCCGCACCUUUUUCCACAGUCAUUCCACCCCAUCAAGGGAACGAAUAACAGGGCCUCAGCCAGUUGAUUUGGAGAAGAAACGACAACUCCAGUGCGAAAGAGUUCAUACUUUUCGGCUGAUGCUUGAAAAAGAACAACGCUAUGUGGAAGCUCUUCGAAGCGAAUUGGCACGUUGCACUGACCCUGCAAGUGAGGCCAAAUUUGUCCAAGAGCUAACAGGAGCUGAGCGCAGGGUUCGAACACUGCAAGAGAAACUCUUUAGUCAGACCACCAAAGCUCACAGCCAUAAUCAUGGACCAAACCAUGAUGGGGAACACGCUCAAACGCUUCCCGCCCCUUCCGUCCAUAGCACGGUGGCGGCGUUCUUAGAUCACUGUCGGGAAGAUCCUGGCCAGAUUCCACCUCCCCUUCCUCAGCGGAACCGCCCCUCCGGCUCGGCGUCCGGCUCGGGCUCGAACGGAGCCCCUCCCCGGCCCUCCGUGCCCCCGCCCGCCUCGCUGGUGCCGCCCCCGACCCACACGGGGCUUCCCGGCCUCUCCUACCUCGACCCUCCCCCCCUGCCACCCCACCCGCUCCUCCACAGUCCCCACGGUCACGGUCCCCACGACCACGGAGGGGAUGGACCUGGAUCCAAUGGCCACGGGUCACAGAGCACUGUGCAGACUCACCAUCGAGCUAAGUCGAGCCCAGAUCCCCUCAAUAAUCACUCAUCCAAUGCAGAAGCUUCAAAGCGGCUAAUUGUGUCAGAGUCUCUGUCAGACCUGUCCAAUUCUAAGAGAAGCAAGGCAGGAUGGGAUCUGGACUCCCCCAGGGUAACACCGCCUGGAACUCCCCCUCCUCCCUAUGGUGGUGGAUCCAGCAGCAUCACUCCAGGAAGUGAAAGGACAGAGUCAUCUUCAGCAACUGCCGACAUUACCGAUGAAAGUGCCUUGCUGUUGGAUGAGACCCUGGAUACCUCUCCUGAAUGCCAGCAAAGAUCCCAACAACCUAUUAUUUCAAUGGAAGAUGAUGACAUGUCAGAUCAGGAAGUUCUGGAAGAUCAUGGCCCUUUUAAGAGUCUGGCCAAAUUGUGGGAACACAAUGCACACUUAGCUGUAUUCAUGAACUAUGUAAUUUCUAACAGUGAUCCGUCCAGCUUAUUGUUUUACUUAGUAACAGAUCUUUAUAAGGAAGGCAAUGCCAAAGAGAUGAAAAAAUGGGCAUAUGAAAUCCAUUCAAGUUUUCUUGUGCCUGGAGCACCUCUGAGACUGAGUAAUGUUGAUGAGAAUGUUGCUCGUGAAAUAGAUGACAACCUUGUCAAGGAUACAGAUAAAGAAGAGAUCUUAAGAAGGGUAUUCUGGAAAGCCCGUGCUAAGGCAAAAGAAGAGCUAAAUGAGCAGUUGGCUGAUUUUCAGCAAAAACGCACUGCAGGUCUUGGAACUUUGUUUGGACCAGCUGAUGCUCAGCUUGAUGAGAGUAUACACGACAAAGGAAAAGAGAUGAAGAUUGUUGAAAACAUUCUCAUUCCUAAAAUUGAACCAUAUUUAGAUGACAUUGAAAAGGAAAAUGUAGAUAUCAGACGCUACACAACGGCAGCUGCCCUUGGGACUGUCAUGGCGAAAGUAUUUGGCCUUCGUGGCCCUCAUUCCAGUUCACUGUUGGAUCGCUGUCCCACAUUUGUGUCUAAAGACAAAUCUCUCAAGGCUCGACUCAUUGGAAAAUCUAAAAGAGUCACAGUAAGGGGCCAUAACUUCAAUGCUCAUCAAUAUUACUCAGUGACAUUCUGCAAUCACUGUCAGAACAUUAUCUGGGGUAUUGGUCCUCAAGGAUAUCAGUGUUCACAUUGUGGUCUUAAUGUCCAUCGUCCAUGUGUUCGUGUGGUGGAUGAGAAUUGCCCUGGUCCUCUAGUGAAGAAAGAACGUGGAAAUGCCAGCAUUAGCAAGCUGAUGGAGAGAAUCAGGGAGAGAGAGACUAAAAGGAAACCCAGCUCAGUGAACCUAAAACGGCUCCAGUCUGGACACGUCGCUCUCCUGUCCAAUCCGAAAAAGAAUGGCUAUGCGUCUAAGAACCAAUUUUUUAGCCGGGUUUCCAGUUAUCGAAAAUCUUUUGCCAAGCGGCAGUCGGACCUCAACGAUGACGGCUGCGUCGCGGUGGACGGGGACGCCGUGUCAGGUGAUCGGCCCGGGAAGCUGACGGACAAGCGCGACCGCUCCGACCCCGGCCCCGGGGGCAGCGGCGAGGACCGGAGCAGGCCGUCGGAG